AUGGCCGCCUCGUUGCUGCUCGGCCCUUUUGUGUGCGCUGCGUCGACCAGGGGUACAGGCGCACAGCAGCUGGCUGUCGUGCAACCAUUGAAGAACAUCCGCGUUGUCUUCUCGCUGUGCGACCAAGAGACACUCGAUGGCCCAGAGACUCCUCGUGUGGGCGCACUCGUGUCGUGGUCGUGGUCGUGGUGCCGAUUGGCGUGUGGAUAG